AUGGCUCAACAUUAUGGAGGCGGUGAUUGGAACGAGUAUCCUUCUUUCGAACGAAAGAAUGUUUCCAUGAAUGCGGCGCAUGAUCGUCUUCCGAUUCCUGUAACAAUUUCAAAAUUGACAAGAAAUAUGGGUGAAAACGAAGACACUUAUAAUCUUGGAAUGUAUCGUUUCACAACAGUUCAAAUAGUGGGAACCGUAGAACAAGUCAAAGAAGAAUGUGGUAAUUCAACAUAUGUUUUGAGCGAUCCAGAUGAUCAGAAUUCAACAUUCACAGUUGUGAAAUAUAACAGCGAGGUAUGCGAAUCAAUUAGUAUUUUUCAUAUUCAAUAUUAUUUUUAGAAAGAAGUAAAUCGUCUCGUUGAUGAUUUGAUAGUUGUAAACCUACGUGUUCGAGCAAUUGGAAAAUUGAAACAAUUCGAUGGUUUACGAAGUAGGUUUUUCUUCAAAUUAUGUAAUAAUAUAAUUAUUUUUCAAGUUCUAAUGGUUUAUUCGAUGAAAGAGUACAGCGACGAAAAGGAUUAUAUAAUUUUCAAACAAGAAGCUCGUGUUUCUGAAUUGUUUUUCGAGAAGAACGUGAUUGAAAAAAUCCGCGAAGGAAAAUUGAAUGACUCAUUUGGAUUACCAUGUAUGUUAUCACCUCCAGCACCAGUUUUGAAAAGAAGAUUGAGUGAUGAACCUCUUGAGAAGAAAAUGAAAUUCGAACAAGUCUCGCAUCCAUCAUUUGAUAAUUAUCCUUCCACUUCAAAUAAUGUUGUUGUGGCAACAACAACACGUCAUUUUGAUUACAAAGGACCAAAGGCAAAGGUAUAAACUCUCACUCUAAAAUUAAAUCAUAAAUAUAUUUGAAAUUUUGCAGAUCUAUGGAAUUUUCAUGAAAUUUGCCAGUCAAAACGAAUAUAAUGAGCAAACUGGUGUACCAAUAACAAAAAUUUAUGAAAAAAUGGGAAAUAUGCCACGCCAAAUGAUAAAUAAAUUUAUGGAAGAAAUGGAAUCUGAUGGAUCCAUUUUUCUUGUUGAUGAUAAUGAUAAUUAUUGGAUUAUCGAGUAAUUUCGCCUCUGUAUACCUUUUGUAUAGUUUUAAAAUUAUGUCCCUUUACAUGUAAAAUACUCCUCUUGUUAUUUGUUUUACGAGUUUUAAAUGAUUUCAUCCAAAUGUUUGAACAUUUGUUUUUCCCCUAAAAGUCCACUGAUUUUUGAAAUCUCUGUCUUUUUCAUAUUUGAUUCCAAUGUGAACUAUUAUUUAUUUAUUCAACCCAUUAUAUUUUUUCAGCUUCUGCAAACACGUUUACGAGAUAUUGCACACAAAAAUUGGUGAGUGUUCUUUUUUGCCUGUUGGCAACAAUUGAUUUUGUUCAUAUUUUCCCUAAAAAACUAAAUCAAAUUAAUUUUAAAUUUCUAUGGGCUGAUUCAGACAAAAAACAAUCUCGGUUUAGAAAUGUCAAAAGCUAUUUUUAUAUAGAAAAGUAACAACAUUUUGAAACAUUAAAAAAGUUUUUUUGGCAUUUCUUUAAUCAAGAGUUUCUGUGAAAAAACUUGUUCGACUUAUUAUGUAAAAUAUUCAAUUUUUUUUAUAUUUUCAGAAUGA